UGCAGGUCUAACAGCUGCUGUUGGAGGUGGGUUGCCACGAGGUUGCUGGACGAGUGCGUGUCUGCAACUGGCCGCGCAACAGAGAUGCGUAGAGUACUGGAAGAGGAGCUGGGAGACUCGAUCCUGCAGCAGUUCCUCAACUUAGAGACUGAGCAUGAGGUUUUGCAGGCCCGCCUUAACGAGGAAAGGCACGAACUGGGGACUGAACGAGCACUUCGCAGUAGCCUGGAGGAACAGCUCGCUGAUAUGCAGGUGCAGCUGAAAGAGGCCCAAGAGCAUGCCGCCACCAUGGACUCGGCAGCACGGCGUGCGAUCUCCGCAAAGCACAAAGAGGAGGCUACAGUCAAAGAUCUGCGUGAGGAACUUGAGAGACUGAUGAGAAACAGCCCCGAAGUGCUGCGACGCCGCACCGCCCAAGCGGAAGCUGAAGUGGAACGAAUCCGCGCAGAAACAGAGAAAAUAACGGAGAAACACAAGAAAGACAUGCUGGACGAACGAGAUCAGAAGACAAAGCUCUUCAUAAAGCUCAAAGAGCUGCAGGCCAUGGAGGCUCUGAUUGCCAAGAAAAAUGCCAAGAAGAGGCGGCAAAAGAAAAAAUGAGAGCAGAGCCCAACGGCCCAACGGCCCAGCGGCCCAACCAUCUUUAUGUUCAUUCGACUGCAUUUCAAGCAGUCCAGCUGUGCAGACUCAGUGUCUAGGACCCUAGGACAGCGAUUCCAAAUAGAACAUGUAUGAACAUGUUCAACUGCAAAAUCCUUUCAGCUCCAUGUGUACCCAACUGACACGUUUCCAACAUGUGCCCUCCAAAGGGAUGGCUUUAGACUCCAAGCAUUUGCCGGUGAGCUUUGCACUUCUC